AUGACCACUAGGUCGCAAACACGAUAUCUCGCCUUUUGCAAACAAUUUAAGUCUCAAAUUCAAGACACACAAGAUAGCGACACUCCUCUUUCAGAGAAAGUUCGUAGAAAAUACGCAAAGCAAAGGUUAGAAUUGUUAGAUAAGUUAAAUGAACAGUGGGGUUCAGAAGACAAUCGAGAUUAUAACGAGAUGUUUCAAGCUGUCAUGGAUGCCAUUCAGCCUCUUGAAAACGAAAUCAAAGACCCUGGCGUACUUGUUGACAUGUUUGCUUCAUAUUUACCCGUUACUGCCAAUCUCAUAGCGUUGCAAGCUAUUGACCAGUUCAUUCACUUGUUUCCAAAGAACUUGCAGAAGCAUUUACAAGAAGUUAAAGUUGCUGAAUUUGUCCGUUUAUAUCCAAAUUCAUACAAUUAUUUGGAAGAAUUGA